AUGAUGAUGAACGACCCAGCAAGCGUCAAAGACGGAUUCAAAGCCACGGGGCAACGGCCUGCUGGCUUCCCGAGCAGAGUUUCUAUGACUCCUCAUCAGCCAAGUCGCGGAGGCAACAGUGGGCAGCCGAACACAGAUGCUACGCUGGCGGGGGCUACAUCAGGAGCUGCCACGCACGAUUUUGUGGUGGGCCUGGGAGAGAGGCCGGUGAGUGUGAUAGAAGUGCUUUGUGGCGAACGGGCGAACCGUCGAGGCCAGGCCUUGGACGUUCCUGCGAUCCACUUUGUAAUGGAUGACCGAGGGAUGAACAACUUGCCUGGCAACUACCCAACCCUGGUGGAAGUCAGAGGAAACAAUUGGCCUCGUGCCAAUGGUGAAGCGAUGAGACUUGCGGACAUUAUCGACCGCACCCUCGAGGAGCUCGAUUUCUAA